AUGGAUAAUAUUACCUCCUCCAUGAUAAUCCUCAACACCAGCAUCCCACAAGAUGAGUACACAGCCCCCGACUGUUCUGCCUGUACACCCAUGAUUGUAGUCAAACUUUGUACGAACACUAUCUACAAGUUUGCUGAUUAUACCACUGUUUUGGGCCAGAUAUCAAACAUUGACAAGUCAGAAUACCAGAAGGAGAAAAGCGAUCUGAAUGACCUCUUCCUGUGCUGUAAGAUAUCUCUGACAAUAUCCAUCUCCAUUCUGCAGGCAAUUGGCUCCAUUCUGAGGUCAUUGCUUGACUUCAUUUUGAACCUGUUUCAGCUUAAAGUUAAGGGUCCGCCAAUCACACUUGAGGAUCCAAAUACCAAGUAUCCGUUGAGGUUGAUUGAUAAAGAGGUUGUUUCCCGUGACACUCGGAGAUUCCGCUUUGCCCUCCCUUCUCCAGAUCAUGUCUUGGGCCUCCCAGUUGGGCAACAUAUCUAUUUAUCAGCAAAGAUUAAUGGAGAACUUGUGGUCAGGCCAUACACCCCUGUCUCCAGUGACGAUGAUAAAGGCUACGUGGAUUUGGUGGUCAAGAUUUAUUUUAAAGGUGUUCACCCCAAGUUCCCUGAAGGGGGUAAGAUGUCCCAGUACCUGGAGAGUUUGAGAAUGCAAGAUGUGAUCGAUUUCAGAGGGCCCAGUGGCUUGCUUGUCUACAAGGGGAAAGGUCAGUUUGCCAUUCGUCCUGAUAAAAAAUCUGAGGCCAAGGUUCAAGUGGUUAAACAAGUGGGAAUGAUUGCUGGCGGAACUGGUAUCACUCCCAUGCUGCAACUGAUCAGGGCGAUUGUGAAGGAUCCAGAAGAUCAGACGAUCUGUCACCUGUUGUUUGCCAACCAGACUGAGAAAGACAUUCUGUUGCAGUCAGAGUUGGAGGAAAUCGAAGCUGAGUACCCUCACCGUGUUAUAAUAUGGUACACCUUGGACAGAGCUCCUGAAGGCUGGAAAUACAGUGAGGGAUUUGUGAAUGAGCAGAUGAUUAAGGAACACCUUCCCCCAGCUGCUGACGAUGUGCUUAUUCUGCUGUGUGGCCCUCCACCAAUGAUACAAUUUGCUUGCAACCCAAACCUUGACAAGCUGGGUUAUAGUCAGAGUUCUCGGUUUGUGUACUGAGAGUGAGAAAGUCUGGCUUAUCCAAUACAAACAUACAGAAGUGAAAGGAAAGAUUAACAGUCAGGAUUCCUUUUCAUCUAGGGCCCCACUUUAUGCAAGAUACCUAAUUGAUCUUAAAUUGAGUUGUAUCGUGCCAACAUUAUGCUCUAUAUUACAGCUGUAAAACUGUGCUUUUGAAUAAUGAGGCAGCCACAUGGUAAAAUGUCCUUGGACCUGCUCCUACCCCUUUACUGUAACUUAAUGGAACAGAUUUGGACACAGUUCUGGCAUAGGUGCACUGAAUAGGAGCAUUUCUGAACAAAUCUGGUGCCUUGCUUUUGCUCUGAGCUUGAGGUGUUUUGACUUUUGCAUAACAUUUAUACUUGCAAUGCCACAGCAAUGAAGCAGAAGUUAGUGACAUGGGUGACAUUUAAAGGGGGUAGAGUUCUGGAUUUGUAUAGAAGGCCCACACACUUUUUUGUUUCCCAGAAAGCAAUGUUGGGGUUGACAAAUCUAAAUGAGUGGUGUAUAUAAAGAGAGUGACACCAGCUACCACAUGACAUAGGAAGGCACAACACUUUAAAUUCCAAAAGUAAUGGUCAAUUCAGGUGAACACAAUGCAGAGGAGAAGGGAACGUUGAAUAGUUUUAAUCUCCAUAUCAGUCAUUAAGUUAUUUCUGUUUUGUGUAAACAACCUGGGAGAAAUUUUAAAUAAACCCCACUUAAUCUUCAGCUAUUUGGCAGCUUUGAGUACUUGCUGUAGUUUUUUUUAAGAUAUGAAAGUGUAAGGAGAACGUGGGCUCUGUUCCCUGGUCAGUACUGUGCAAUUUUGCAACAUGUUAAAUUGCUUAGGAAGUGAAACCUUUUUUAAAAGAAAAAAGAUUUUUCUGUCCUGAGGUUAUCAAUUGUAAAAUAUGAAUGGACAAGGCAAUAUCUGUGCUGGUCCAACCUUCUGAAGUUUGAGAACUGUUACAAGCAAGGGUAUGCUUUUGUUGGUGCUGAAAAUGUGUUGCUGGAAAAGCACAGCAGGUCAGGCAGCAUCCAGGGAACAGGAGAAUCGACGUUUCGGGCAUAAGCCCUUUGUUGGUGAACAUUUCAGUCAAUAACUUGUUCAACCGCCUCAAGUGAAUCAAAUUUAGGUUUGCUGAGUGCUGCUUAAUUCUAGGAAGCACCUGCACUGUGCCUCCAUGUUGUCACUUCACCUCAGUCAGAGUGACUGAUAAUGGUUGAUAUAUUUACCAUAGAGUUAUUUAGACAAUUUUUGAUGGUACAGAUGAAGUAGAAAAGAGAAACUUACUCUGUGGAGUCACCUUCUGGACACAGCCUGCAACUGCACCGCAAUAGUUGAACAAAAUUCAAUGGGCAAUGUUGACACAGCAGCUCUGCAUGAAGUUUUGCAGAAAGAAGUUAGCAAACUAUCUUGACAAGAAAAAGUUUGAGGAUAGGGAGCAGAUACCACACGUAAGGCUUGCUGAAUGAAGGAAGGAUCACUGGACCCAAAACGUUAACUUUGUUUUCUCUCCUUAAGGGUUGAGAAGAGGUUGGAAAAACUCAGUGUUCACCGGAAGGGAGGAGGCCGGGGUGUGGGGGAUAACUUGAUAGAAGUCUACAAAAGUACGAGAGGCAUGGAUAAGGUGGAUUAUCAGCGGCUUUUUCCCAGGGUGGAAAGGUCAACUACAAGAGGGCACAGGUUCAAUUGAGAGAGGGAAGGUUUAGGGGAAAAUGUUUCAGAGGUGGGUGUUUGGAAUGCACUGCUAGCAGAGCUAAUGGAAGUAGUCACAUUACCAACAUUUAAGUAUCUUGAUAGACAUGUGAACGGGAAGCAAACAAAGGUGUAGAAACCACUUAUGGACCGUAAGCAGUGCAUCUAAAUAAGGACUAGGGACUAGUAUAGACUUGAUGGGCCAAAGGACUUGUUCUUGUGAUGUAUUGUAUUAGAUUAGAUUCCCUACAAUGUGGAAACAGGCCCUUCGGCCCAACAAGUCAA